ACAUGGCUGUUGUUCAGAGACUAUAUGGAACGAAACACUACAAAAAUGUACAGUUUGUGGACCAGGCUAUGUAGGUGAAUUCUGUAAUGAGACAUGUGAAUAUCCUGACUAUGGAAUGGGUUGUCAGAUGAUGUGCUCUCCUAAUCAAAGCAAAGAUAAUUAUGAUUUUAGAAAAGGAUGUUCAAAAUAUGAAGAUUCUACAAUUGCGCAAUCAACUAAAACAAAUUAUGUUGAAAAGAAAACAACUUCUCGCGGCUUUAUUUUUAAUACCAAGGAUAUUUCCUUUUCGUCUAACAAAACGGCACCACAACUGAGUUCAUUUCCCACUCUGAAGAUAUCUGUUCUUGGUUUGCUUGCUGUAUUUCUUGUCAUGCUAAUUUUGUACUUGUUCUUUCGAAAAUGCGUCAAAACCGAGGAACAAGUGGAGGAACACUUAAAAGAGGAAAAUAACCAUUAUGAAGAUGUUCGAGAAAUUCAAGUAAAUCCUUAAGUGUGAAAUAAAUGCAACACUUAC